ACCAAGUUGACUGUACUAGUGACUGGUGUUCUAGAAGUUGUCUUCGGCUGAUGUAAUUCUCUCUCUCGUUUUUUACUGUGUCAAGGUGUUAUUAAUAUAUAUUAUUUUCAACAUGUUGGCUGCAAGAUUGUCAACAGUGGGUACUACUUGUACCAGAGGAUUCUUGCGGUUAUCUGUGGUGGCAACGCCAAAAUCGCCAUUUAUGCCAUUGACAAGACAGUACAAAGGUGAUGGGCGAAGCUUCACACGAAGGUCAAGGAUUCGGGAAGUGCAGGCACAGACCAUAGAAGCAACUAAGACCGUCAAAGGUAAAAUUGGACCAAUGGAGGUGGGACAAAUUGCUGCUGCUGGAGGUGCUGUAGUGGGCAUGGGUGCACUCUGUUACUAUGGUCUUGGCAUGUCCAAUGAGCCUGGAGCCAUUGAUCGUAUGGUCGUGUGGCCACAAUAUGUGCGUGAUCGCAUCCAUAAUACGUACGCAUAUUUUGGGGCAUCGUGUGUUGCUACUGCAGCAUCAGCAGUGACUAUCUUCCGCUCAUCCCUGGGACAUCGUUUCUUUGCUUUGUGCUCCCGCCAUCCCAUUUUGUCUACUGUUGGACUCCUUGUAGGAAUUGUGGGAACAGGACAAGCAAUGAUGGCUAUUCCAUACACUCCUGGGCUGGGAGCCAAACAGAUAAUGUGGCUUAUCAACUGUGGCAUGCUGGGCUUGGCUGUGGCCCCCAUUGGUGCCCUGGGGGGUGCUAUUGCCAUCAGGGCAGGAUGGUACACAGCAGGUAUCAUUGCGGGUCUGAGCACUGUGGCUGUGUGUGCUCCUAGUGACAAGUUCUUAAACUGGGCUGGGCCUCUUGGCAUUGGUCUUGGGGGCGUUUUUGUUGCAUCACUUGGCUCGGCCUUCCUCCCUCCAACGUCUGCCCUGGGCCUCUCUCUCUAUUCCAUUUCCCUGUAUGGUGGUCUGCUACUCUUCUCGGCAUUUCUGCUUUACGAUACACAGAAGGUUGUGCGCAAGGCUGAAAGUCACCCAGAUAUGUGGGGUGUUGUGCCCUAUGACCCCAUCAACAUGUCUCACCACAUUGUCAUGGAUGCCCUCAACAUUUUCAUCCGCAUUGCACAGAUUCUUGCUAUGGGAGGUGGAAGAAAAAAAUAAACCUCUUAAUUUGGCUUUUAAAUAACUUAUUGCUACACGGUAAUAUGCUUCUUUAGAACAUUUUAAUUUCAGUCAUAUUUAUACAGACUCUUGCCAAAUGAACAUGUAUGAAACUUUUAUAAAAAAUUACCAAGUUUUUUUUACUUAUGGGGAUGUUUUUUUUCUUUUUUGAUAUAUUUAUUGAGUUUCUAGUAUUCACUUUGUAUUCUAGUACCAUUUGAAACCUUCCCAUUUGCUUAUCAUAUUGUAAACAUUACAUUGUUCUGUAAAUGUUGACUGAAAUUUUAAAUUACUUUCACAUAAUCCUGGUUCUGGUUGUUUAACACAAGUAUACUUCAUUUCUCAAAUCUAUAUAACCCUAGCUGACUACUAGUGGAUUAUGAUUGAUAGGUAGAUAAAACAAGUUGAAUAUAUGAGACCUAAGUAUAUAACUUACGUAUGUUAGCAGUUGACAGAAUUUUACAUUUUCAUCCAUGCACUUUUAAGCCACAAUUUGUGGUCAUUUUAAUUAGUGCACUUAUUUAGUUGGAAAAAAGAUAAUUGCAUUGAAGAUAAAAUCUCUUUGGACACUAGUAUGCUGAUUCUAGUUAUAUGCUAAGAACCUGCAUCUUGUGCAUAUUAUAUGGUUUCAUUUGUGUUAACAUUCUUUAUGUACAGUUUAUAGACUGAAGUAAUUUAGCAUCAACAUUGACAUAUUUUGAAUGACAAAAAUUUUUUUAGGUUACAGGAAUGUAAAAACAAUCUUGUUUUCCAGGUUCUACUGUUGAGGCUCAUUUACAUAUUCCCUCUGUUUCCUCAUAUUUGUUCUCAUUGUUAAGUUAAUUGUCAUACGUCACCUCCAAAAAACAGCCAAAAAUGUACCUUAGUAUUUUCCUUUUUUUUGCAUUCCGAACAAAUUUAGUUUAUAAUAAUGCUAUGUUUCUUUCAUUCCUGCAUCACAUUCUUAAAAGGUCAUAAACAUUACUUGUUAUACAGGUAUUUCAUGUAAAUAUAUAAUAAUAGAUUUAAGCUGAACAUCAAUAAAUAAAUUGAAAUUCCAAA